AUGUGCAUAGCUGUGAGCAACUCAGCACGAAAUGACGUGGUGGGAGGUGGCGGAGCGAUCGAGGUUACGGCCAACGGCGACGGCGAGGCACGACGCGGCACCUUUUCGCUCACAGUGGGAUGGAGCGCCGAACAAAAUCCAUACUCAGGAGAAUUGGCAACAUUGGCACACGCAUUAACCGGCAUGCCUGAUGUCAGGCACCGCCGUGUGGCACUUCUAACCACUAACCAGGCAGUCGCCCUUACUCUUCGCACCCCCCGACAACACUCCGGUCAGGAACAUGUCCGCUCUAUCUACAAUAGCAUCAAACGGCUAUGGAAAAACGGAAAUGACAUAUUGGUAGUUUGGAUUCCUAGCUCCAGCCAAGACAAGACCCUACUGUUGGCCAAGCGGGAGGCAAGGCAAGCGACUAAGCAGGGCUCCAUUCCCAGUCGCCAGGCCUCUAUUAUGAAAUCCACUACCCUCAACCUCGAGAGAAAGAGAAUCGAGACUCAGAGGAGUUUGCCGGAUCGGGUAGGCAACCACACCAAGAAGGUGGAUGCAGCCCUCCCAGGUGCGCACACUCGACAGCUAUAUGACAACCGACCAUGGACGGAGCGUAGCAGUAUCGUCAAUGCUGUGUGA